CGCCUGGGAGAGAAACACAAGCGGUGAAGGAAAUGGGGCUCUUCACAUUGUGUCUGGGCGGAGGCGCCUUCUUUCUAAUCGGUGCCUGGGAGGCGCUCUCCUCAUCCUACGCCCACUUACACCCAUCGCUCUCUUAUACUUCCCAACCAUCAAGAAAACAUGGAAAUUCCUUCUUCUCUUCCUUCACCCUCUUCGCCAUCGCCCUUUUUUCCUUCUUGUCCAUCCUCAAUUCCAUUUUUUCUUCCGUCGAUGCUCUUCAACACAACGAUCGUGUCGGCUUCGCACUUCAAUUACAAUAUUCGGCAACUUCCUUCCUCUUUCUCAUUUAUUCCCUCACCGGAUUCUUGAUUGAUUUCACCCAACUCCUUCCUUUACCUCCCUCAAUUCUCAAUCUAAUCGCCCUCUUCGCCUUCGGUCAGGAAUUCCUGCUCUUCUACCUCCAACGUAAGGACCCGUACGGCCUCGAGAACCGGUACUUCGACCUUCUCCUUGUUCCCAUCUUCAUCUGCUUCUUCUCAACUCUCCUCCAAAUGGGCCUCCCCAAAUCCCCCUUCCCGACCUUGGCCCGUGGCAUUGGGCUGAUUCUCCAAGGGACCUGGUUUAUCCAGAUGGGCUUCUCUUUCUACACAAGUCUGAUCGCACACGGGUGCACUUUGCAUGAGAAGAGCAGAGGGAAUUACACGAUUAGGUGCAAGGGGCAUCCUGAGUCUCACCGGAGCAAGGCUAUCACGACACUUCAGUUCAACUGCCAUCUCGCUUUUCUUGUUGUAUUGGUUAUCAGCGCCUAUUCGGUCAUGGGUCAGGGUCACAGACCCACGUCUGAUUACCGGAGCUAUAAGCCGCUUAGUGAGGAAUUGAGGCAGUUUGAUAAUCCAUCCCAAUUCACAUUGAAUUCUGAUGACGAUGAAGAAGAGAUAACGUUGGAGGAGAAGGCAAUUCAACAGAAGCCUCCUUUGCAGGUAUUGGGUGCCAAUGGUUUCGGUGCUCAUUGAUGUGCUUGUUGCAGGUCUGAGGAGCGAAUCCCAAAUGAAGAAACCCUGUCUACAUAUUGGCCUAAGAACCUUCUACAUAUUUUACACCAUUGGCCUGUAUUACACCACUAACUAUUCAUCCAAGAAUCCACUAGACUUGGACUAUUCUACUUCCAAGUUCAGCUACAAAACCUCCUAGAGAACUUUUAGACUCUACCGGAGAUCUCUACAUGAGUGUUGCGCGUAUGCAAAAAAUAUUCUACACUCUCCCACCAUGUACCAGCUUCACUACCAUGUAUGUAUCACUGUAUUUAUGUAGAUACAUACAUAUUUUUCUCUUUUUAUGGAUGGACAUUGAAGAGUGAUUUUUUAUAUUUUUCAAUAAAAAAAAAUAGUUUUUUGGAGUUUUUAAAAAUUAUGAAAAAAUAAAAAAUCUGUUUACUUAUAAAAAAAAAUAAUGAUUUUAUUUCA